AUGGUGGGUCGAGCUCAAUACGAUUUCAAGAAAGCCCGAGAAGUUUUUGGAUAUAAUGACAAACCAACCAAAGUGAAAGAUGAUCAAGAAUACUCGUCUAAGAACCCGUUUGUUUUGUUUCGAUACGCAAGCUUCUGGGACAUGACUCUCUAUUGCAUCGGCACGGUAGCAGCCAUAGGGUCUGGGUUAGGAUUUCCCGUUAUGUCAAUUAUUAUGGGUAAUAUCACACAAGAGUUCAUGUACGUGCUCGCUGGAGAAGCGGACAUGAAUAAUUUUUCGAAAGAAGUUGAGAAAGACUGCGCACAAUUUGCUAUGCUCGGAGGCGCUGUGUAUCUUUGUGGGAUAAUCCAGUCCAUAGCCUUGGUUAAAGCGUGUGAUAAUGUAGUUGACAACUGGCGGAAACGAUUUUUUCUUUCUAUUCUCCGACAAGAUAUUGCUUGGUAUGAUAAGAAUCAUACCGGAACAUUAGCACCGAAGUUAUUCGACAAUCUUGAACGUACCAGAGAAGGAAGUGGUGAUAAGAUAGGCCUUAUGUUUCAGUUUUUGGCUCAGUUUGUCGGUGGGUUCGUGGUUGCUUUAACACAUGAUUGGAAAUUAACUUUAAUAAUGAUGUCUUUAUCGCCAUUGAUAAUGAUUUCUGGUGGAUACGUUGCAACCAGUAUGGCAUCAGCUGCUACGAUUGAAGCCAAAGUAUACAGUAAAGCAGGGGGUAUUGUCGAGGAAGUUCUAAGUUCUGUUACAACAGUACAAGCCUUCAAUGGGCAAGCAUUCGAAAUAAGAAGAUUCGACGAGUCACUUGAGAAAGGACGAAAACUUGGAAUACGCAAAAGCUUCAAAGUAGGAAUAGGCAUAGGAACGACAUUCUUAUUCAUGUUCUCGUCAUAUGCUCUUGCUUUCUGGAUAGGUGUAAAUUAUGCAGCUGAAGGAAAACUGGACGGAGGAACUGUAAUGACAGUAUUCUUCUCCGUCAUGAUGGGAUCAAUGGCAUUAGGCCAAGUUGGACCACAGUUUGCUGUUAUUGGAACAUCCAUUGGUGCUGCAGCAUCACUCCUAUCAAUAAUCGAAAGAACUCCAGAUAUCGAUUCAUUGUCGCCUAGCGGGAAGAAACCAAAUGAUAUGAAAGGUUAUGUAAAACUGGAGAAUGUUUUCUUCUCAUACCCAACUAGACCUGAUGUCCCUAUAUUAAGAGGUAUAUCAUUGGAGGCACAGCCAGGACAAACCGUUGCAUUAGUAGGUUCCAGUGGGUGUGGUAAGAGUACUGUAACACAGUUACUUCUCCGGUAUUACAAUCCAGUUUCUGGCAAGGUUUCAAUUGAUAAUCAUGAUGUAUCUCAGCUGAACAUUGAACAUUUGAGAAAUUAUGUAGGAAUUGUUUCUCAGGAACCUAAUCUGUUCAACAGUACCAUUGAAGAGAACAUAAAGUAUGGUAAAGUUGAUGUGAGCCAAGCGGAAAUCAUUCAAGCUUUAAAAGAUGCAAAUGCUUAUGACUUUGUUAUGCAGUUUCCGAAUAAACUUAAAACAGUUGUUGGAGAUCGAGGUGCUCAGCUAUCAGGCGGGCAGAAGCAGCGUAUUGCAAUUGCACGAGCAUUAGUUCGUAACCCAAAGAUUUUGCUAUUGGAUGAAGCAACAAGUGCAUUGGAUGCGGAAAGCGAGUAUAUUGUACAGAAGGCACUUGAAAACGCAUCAAGAGGUAGAACUACGAUAGUGAUAGCUCACAGGCUAUCAACGAUCCGUAAUGCUGACAACAUUAUUGCCAUGAAGUCAGGAGAGAUUGUUGAGCAAGGCACCCAUGAAGAACUCAUGGAUAACAAAGGACUUUACUUUGAUUUGGUUAGUAACCAAGUGUUUGCAGAUUUAGAAAAAGAAGAUUCUGAUGAAAAACAAGCAGAAGAUGUGGAACAGAUUGCUAAAAGAAGGGAGACAAUUAUUUCCCUGCAAGAAGCAAAUGUAGUGAAUUCUGUUGCCGAAAAAGAUAAAGUACCGACAGCGAAUCUUUUCCGAAUUAUAAAUAAGAGCAAGCCUGAAUGGUUCUACUUAGCUCUUGCAUUCCUAUCAUCUACUGCUCAAGGAUGUGUGUUUCCAGCUUUUUCAAUCAUCUUUGUUCAACUGAUUCAAGUUUUCACAAAACCUCCUGAUCAAAUGAAACAUGAUGGUCACAUUUAUUCGCUUCUGUUUUUAGCUUUGGGAACUUUGAUGCUUUUCACAAUGACAUUACAGACAUUUUUCUUUGGGGUUGCCGCUGAGAACAUGACUAAGCGAUUCCGUAGCAUGAUAUUCAGAAAUAUACUGAGGAUGGACAGAUCAUAUUUCGAUAAGCCAAUUAAUUCGCCUGGGAAACUCACUACUCGCUUAGCUAUGGAUGCCCCCUGUCUGAAAUCGGCUAUCGAUUUCCGGUUAGGUAUGGCUUAUGGAGCUGUCGUUGGUUUGUUCGUCGGUGUAGGCAUUGCAUUCUACUACAGUUGGCAAAUGGCCUUACUGGCACUUGCGAUUGCACCUUUAACUAUUGUUGGUCAAUCUCUUCAAAUGCAAUACACCCUGGGGAUGAUGGGUGGUAACACUGCCGAUAUGGCCGACGGCGGAAAGAUAGCUAUGGAAGCAAUCGAGAAUAUUCGAACAGUACAUUCCCUUACGUUAGAGAAACGACUGUACGAUCAGUUCGUAGAUAUAUUGAAUAGUGCGCGAUCAAACAUCAUGAGAGAAGCUGUUUCCCAAGCUAUCAUUUAUGGCUUCUCGGCCAGUGUCUUCUUCUUCAUGUUUGCGGCUUGUUUCCGGUUUGGACUAUGGCUCAUUAUACAGAAAUACGUCACUCCCGAACAUGUUUUGAAUGUUCUUUUUGCUAUUUCCUUCACGACUGGCAGCUUAGGACUCUUUAGUGGUUAUUUCCCAGAAUAUAUGAAAGCCACUGUAGCGGCUGGAAAAAUUUUUGCAAUGCUUCGCGAGGAACCUCUCAUAGAUGGCAUGUCCGAGCAUGGACAAAAACCUCUAAUCAAAGGAGAGGUAGAAGUUCGUAAUCUACGAUUCAGUUAUCCCCAGAGACCAAAUAUACCUAUCCUUUGUGGUAUUGAUUUGAAGGUUAGAAAGGGGGAAACAUUAGCUUUAGUCGGAGCAAGUGGAUGUGGAAAGUCAACCAUCAUAGGACUGCUCGAGAGACAUUAUAAUGCUUCGGGUGGAUCUAUUGAAAUAGAUGGGGUUAAUGUGGAAAGCUUGAAUACUAAGCAUAUCAGAAGUCAUAUUGCUUUAGUUUCACAAGAGCCAGUUCUGUUUGAUCGUUCAAUAAGAGAGAAUAUUGCCUAUGGUCUGGAGACUGAUGUUUCACAGCAUACCAUCGAAGAAGCUUGUAAGAAAGCGAACAUACACUCUUUCAUCUCUUCUCUGCCUCAAGGUUAUGAUACGCGAGUUGGUGAGAAAGGAGCACAGUUAUCAGGUGGACAAAAACAAAGGAUAGCGAUUGCUAGAGCAUUGGUCAGAGAGCCAGCAAUUCUAUUGUUGGACGAAGCAACUAGUGCUUUGGACAGUGAAUCCGAGAAAAUUGUUCAAGAAGCUUUAGAUCUCGCUGCUACUGGACGGACGUGUAUAGUCGUAGCACAUCGCUUAUCUACGAUACAAAAUGCCGAUUGCAUAAUAGUAUUCAAGAACGGAAAUAUUAUCGAAAGAGGAACUCAUACGGAGCUGUUACUGAAGAAGGGUUUGUACUACGAACUGGCCUUAAAGCAAUCAGCUGCCAAAACUCAAUAA